AUGGGCGAUAUCAAUCAAUAUAUUCCCAUGGUUGAUGCAAUUUUAAGUGCAUCCAACCCCGAUGAAAUAAGUCCAAAAAGAGUAAGGAAGGCCCUCCAGGUUCUUUUUUCAGUUGAUUUGGAUUCUCAAAGGAAAGCAAUUAAUGAAUUGAUUCUUGAGAGGUUUGGCGAUUUACAAGAAAAUCCAAAAGUUUUAAUCCUAGAGAAAGAUCUCAUCAACCAGGAUCAAGAACUAGCUUUGAGAUUACAAAAGGAGGAACAAAAACCUCAGAGAUCAACAAGGAAAAGGAAAAGUAAAAGUGAAAGUAAACCGAAACGGAAGAAAAGAAAGAAUGACAGUCCUGAUUCUAAUAGCAUCUCUGUCCGUAAAGUUAUUUUAUCAAGUCCUCUACAAGAGUUUCUAGGAGCUGAGGAAUUACCACGAACACAAGUAGUAAAAAUGAUAUGGCAAUAUAUAAAGGAACACGAUCUUCAAAACCCAGAUGAUCGUAGAGAAAUUCUAUGUGAUGAGAAAAUGCAACCAAUUUUUGGUAAAAAAAUGACAAUGUUCUCAAUGAAUAAGCUCUUAUCUAAGCACUUGUUUAAUGCUGACGAAAUUGUGAAGCAUGAAGAAGACUCAAAAAUAAUACCUAAAAUAGAAGUCAAAUCGGAGCACGAACUUCUUCCGAAUACGAACGGUUAA